GUGGAUAGCAAGAUAUAUAACAAGCCAUAACUUUGUCAACUCCGCUUCAUUGGUUGCCCCAUUGUGCAAAAACGCUGACCGCGCGCGCCGAAUGCAAUAGAUGGUCUAGCAAUUUUCUUAAGUUACCUGGAUUUGCUGGCUUCUCUGCAUAUACAUGUUUUCAAUUUGGGCGGGCUUAAAUUCAAAACGCCGCGCUUGAAUCAUGCCACCGCGUGCCAGGCGUGGUGCACAGGCGCCAGUUCCCGCACGCCAGCUCUCCGGUACUGCUGCCCGAGUACAUGCGCUUGUGAUACAGCUUGCCAAGCAGGGCGAGGCAGAUGGGCACAGCCUGCUGUCCGUCUCAAAGUCGGCCGCUAGCGAGCUCGAACGCCUGCUGGCGGAUGACGAGUUCAGUGCAACCGGCGGGCACCUGGACGCACUCGGCACGUUGGAGUUUUGGGCGUCCGUGUGCGCUGUGCACGUUUACGCGCUCCAUGACUACUGCGCACUAUACCAGGAGAUGCAGCAAUUGCUGGAUCGGCAGGCGCAUCAAAGGACCGAGGCAGCACAGCAGGACCACACGGAGGAGGACGAGGAGGAGGAGACGCCGCAGGUCCAGCGGCUAGCACGACUGCUGGAGCGGACCUCUGUGCUGAUGUUCGGCAUAUGCGGUAUCGUCGCCUCCAGCGACGCCCUGUCUCACAACUCUCCCGGCCACGAGCGGCGCGUGCUGGCGCUGCUGCGUUCCGACACGUUCAAGUCGUACUCGGCCGUGUUUGAUGCGGUGACGCGCGGCCGGCGGCUGCCCAGAAGCCAGGCCGACACCACCGUCCUGGCGUGCGGCUCUCUAAUGGUGCUCAUGAGCAGCUGCACGGGCAUCCACAACGUGCCCUGCCACAGCAACGCCGACUGCAACCUGCAGCUGUACAGCGAGUUCAUCAAGGCUGCUGCUGACAGUCACGUGAUUGACCACGCCUGCCGCGCGGCCAUGCGGUUUCAUGUGAGCGCGACACGGGAGCAGCAGGGGUGCGACGCCAUCGGUGUGACAACGCUCAAGCCCGCGGACCGCGCGCGGCGGCUGGCAGUCGUGGCAGGCCUUCGCCAGCCCCUGGACUACAUGCGCCGGAACCUCAACAUGAUGAUUUACAAGUUGGCAGCGUCGCUGGUGGCUCCGCCACAGCCAGGCACGGACCCCGCGCUGCUGGCGCUGCUGCCGGCCGUGCGCGGGCUGCUGAGCGGCACGGGCGUGCAGAUGUGGGCGGCCAAGCAGCUGCUGGAUGCAGCGCACAUGGUGGAAAAGGCGGCCGCAAGCGAGCUGGGCAUUGCAGCUGCGGCGGACGACGCAGGCAGCGACUCAUUUCUUGGGCUGCCGCUGGCGGCGCGCACGUCGCCUGCCGUUCUGGCAGAGCCCAAGGACGCCGCCGGGCCCAGUGGCAGCGGGCAGCUGCAGCGCCCUCGCAUGGAGCAUGCCACAGUAGCGUUGCAUCUGUCCACGACUGCCGCAAGCGCGCUGUGGCAGCUGACCAUGUCGGGCCCGGUGGCCCUUGCACUCGAGGAUUCCGACGUGGCAGGCGAUGGCGCAGCAGCUGAGGCGGGAGGCGGGGCAGCCGCAGCAUCACAGGCGCACGGCGGCAGCGCUGGUGCCGCCGCGACCGCGGCGGCGGCUGGCGGCCGCAACGUGCUGCCGCCGUCAAUACCAUUCAGCGCCGCGCAGGCCUGCUCACUGGUCUGCAAGGUCCUGGCUAUGGCACUGCCAGGGCAGCGGUCCUGCGCUCAGCAGGGCGACGCGCACUGCCACGAUUCCAUGGCGUUAGCAAUGGCCACGGUGUGUCGGCUUGUGAAGGAGCUGCGUGUGAAGGAGGCGGAGCGCAUCAUGUGCCGCGUUUGGGCGAACGCGAGCGCCUGGCUGCCAGGCCUGGCACCGGGGGCUCUUGAGGCGGCAAGAACCAUGCUGCCGUCGCUGGGCUCCCUGCUGCUGCACGAGUAUGCGGGAGAGGGCGAGGCGCAGGGGGUAAAGGCAGGGGGCUCGCAAGCCUUCGAGCUCAGCUGUCCCCUGGCGCUGCGCACGGCGAUCAGGGCCGGCUUCCUGACCGCUCUGUCGCGGGCCAUCCACGGCUGCAUGCGGGACGUGGAGGCGGGCGUCUCCGCUCGCGGCGCACCGAUGUUGGUGGAGUUCCUGCUUCGCCAGUCGUGCGCUCUGCCGGCGCUGCUGACGCACGGGCCGGAGCAUGAAGUGGUGCGGCUGGUGGAAUCCUUGCGCGUCGCCGCCGCCGUCCUUCCAGACCAGAGGGCCAUGCGCGGCGGGAGAAGCAAUGAAUGCGUGCACUCGUACAGGGCCCUUGUGGUGGCACUGGUGCAGCUGCUGGAGCAUGUCACGGCCGUGUGCAUGUGGGCGCCGCCAAAGGGCCUCAGCAACAGCAGCAGCGGCACCAGAGGGGCGGCCUGCAGCAGUGGCGGCGGCGAUGAAUCCGGCAGCAGCAGUGGCAGCAGCAGUGGAGGCAAUGGUGCUGCUGGUGCGGCCGCGACAGGGCCGGGCUGCCUACCUGGCCAGCCCGUCCCGGACGACCUCGCAGCCGCCAUCGACGGCGCUGCGGCGCUGCUGACGAAGUCCAGUCGGGAGGAUGUGCCGCCGCAGCGGCUGCGGCGGAUGUGGCUGGCUGCUCGCGUAAACGGAGCUAGCGCUUCGCGUAGGGACACGCUGUACGUCCUGCUGCUGUCGAGGCUGCUGCCCACGCUUUCACACAUGCAUCUGCAAGAUCUGUCGAGGCCGGACAUCCCGGCCGACGUGGUUACCGGGCUUACACGCGUCUACAGCGCAGCGGCGAUGCAAGCGCUCAUGGCGCGGCUUGUGAUGUACGGCACACUCGGUGUGAAUGUGGGUGUAGCUAGCGCGCGGCUGCAGUCGUGGCUGAUGCUGCUGGUGCAAGACGGAGAGAUGUCGGACUGGCUGGUAGCGGCGCUGGUUGGCGCGACAAGGCGACGCUGCCCCGAGGGCACCGCGGCGGCGCUCGACCUGCUGGAGGUGCUGACGCUGCUGACGCCAGCGCAGCAGAUGCCGGAGCUGGUGCAGCUGCAGAUGGGGAAGGCAGGGACGCGGCCGCCCUCCGGCGAAGAGCCGCCCGUGCUGCUGGGCACGGCCUGGCUGCGGCAGCAGGGCCGGGUAGAGCUGGUGGAUGCGCUGCUGGAGGCGGGCUGCCACGUGUCGUCUGGGACCGAUGGCAGCAGGAGCAGUAGCAGCAGUAGUGACAGUCUCACUUGCAACUUUAUUGGCAGCGCCUUGAUGAGGCUCGUGGCUGAUAAGCUCAAGCUGCGCUCACUGCCAUUGGAGCUGUCGCCCGGGCAGGCUGUUUGGGACCUGGCAGCGAAAUUCGGCAUCCGCCUGUGCGCCUGGUCUGAUUGCCGCCAGGUGGAGCACCAGGGGCAGCUGAGCGCGUGCGCCCGCUGCCGGGCGGCGAGGUACUGCAGCUCCGAGUGCCAGAAGGCGCACUGGAAGGCGGGGCACAAGACGCAGUGCCCCAGCCUGGGCGCGAUUUGGGCAGCUCUGAACACGGCACCGGCACCUUUGAAUCCGUGAUGGCGCGCCGAUUAGCGGGACGGGCCGUGGUACUGACGAGUGUUGAUGUGAGCUGAUUGUGUGCAACUCGAUAUGUCGGUAGCUUUUUGGGGCUCGAGUACGGCACUGGUAUCAUGGGCAUGCGCAGUGAUGCGGCGGGGCGUGGAGUUGGGGGGGGGGGGGGGUACUAACGAAGGGCGGUUAAGCAUGAUUGGGGCAGCUAGUCAGUGGCUUAAGUACGGUAGUGGAGAUCUGCACCCAUGGCUUGGGAGGAGUCCUGCCGCGUUGACGUUUCUUUAUUGACUUGCACCGCAUACCGUAGCUGUUGUAUCGUGUCAAUUACAUGCACUACAAUGCAAAAGACAGUGGGGUUGUGCAAUGCAGAGGAGCAAUGAGCAUGGCGGCUGGCGCGUCGUGUCUGUGAGAAUGGGCACUUGUGCAUGGCUGGCAAGGUAGCUGCUUGUAUGGGGGUACAUCGGCUAGGUCUGGUGGUUGAGCGCGAGGGUAACAGUUGCUGUGCGGCGCGGCUAGCACGGCUGGAAGCUGGCACUUUGGGGAGGCCAGCUACGGAAGGAGCGCGUGUUAUGGUACCUGUGCAAGGCAAGG